GUGGCUGCGCGGGGGUAGGAAGAUCGGGGGCUGCGGGAGAAGAGGAGCUAUGGCGGCUGGCGAACCGCGGCAGGGCAUCUACUUCCUGCAAAUGAACAAUGGGGUGAACCUUAUGGAUCCAGGGUUCCAGCAGAAACUGGAGGAUGAGAAGGAAGUAAUUCGUCGAGCUAUCCAGAAGGAACUGAAGAUUAAAGAGGGGGCAGAAAAUCUGCGCAAGGUGACAACAGACAAAAAGAAUCUGGUGCAUGUAGAGCGUGUGCUGAAAUCUUCCAGUCGGAAACUGGAGCAGCUGCACUGGGAUCUCCAGGAGCUUAAUGCCUGGAUUGUAGUAAACGAGAAAAGGGAGACCAAAACAGAUGGUUCCAUGUCCCCGGACCCUUGUCUCUGGGAAAGGAGCCCAAACCCAGUGGCAAGGAGGAUAGAGGCUCUGAAAAAGCAGUUGCACAUUGAGAUGAAAGUGAAACAGGGAGCAGAGAACAUGAUCCAGAUGUAUUCAAAUACAACGUCAAAGGACCGGAAGCUGUUGGCAGCAGCUCAGCAAAUGCUCCAGGACAGCAAGACGAAGAUUGAGCUGAUUCGGAUGCAGAUUGUGAAAGUAUCUCAGUCAGCAGGUGGAAUAGAGGAUGCAGUGGAUCCAGCAGUGAAGGUGGGGGCCACCAUCAGUCUCCUGGAGCUACGCAUCGAGGAACUGCGACAUCACCUAUGCAUUGAAGCUGCCGUGGCUGAGGGGGCAAAAAAUGUGGUGAAGAUCCUGGGAGACAGGCGGGUGCAGGAUCACAAAGUGUUGGCUGAAGCUCAGGGUCGUUUGCAAGAAUCAUCUCAGAAGAUUGAUCUGCUGCGCUUGUCCCUGGAGCAGCAGCUUAACGAGCUUUCUUCUGAUCACCCAAAGCAGGCACUCAUCAAGCAGGAGCUAGUGAAUGCUUCCUCUCUGGGAGCUCAGCAUGUCAGCAUCCAGCCCUUCACUUCAUUGAUCAAACCCACAGCUCUUACAGGUUCAUUAGAAGUGAGACUGAUGGGGUGUCAAGAUCUGUUGGAAAAAGUUCCAGGACGUUCCCGAGUGUUUGGUUCAUCUCCCAAUCAUGGGAGCCCAAGUGACAUGAAAUCCCUGACCCGAGCACGAGCUGGGAUGAGUAUUCAUGGCCGCAGUACUGCAGCAAAGCACUUGCGGAAUGAGGAGCUGUGUAAUGAGGUGCUCGCUGUGCUCAAAGUGGACAAUAAAGUGGUUGGUCAGACAAACUGGGGCCCAGUUAAUAACCAGGCUUGGGACCAAAGCUUUGUCAUUGAGCUGGAUCGGUCCCGAGAGCUGGAGAUUGCAGUUUAUUGGCAUGACUGGAGAGAGCUGUGUGCAGUGAAGUUCUUGCGCUUGGAUGACUUUCUCGAUAAUGAACGCCAUGGGAUGUGCCUCUCUCUGGAACCCCAAGGGAUGCUUUUUGCAGAGGUGACCUUCUGUAACCCUGUGAUUGAGAGACGGUCCAAUCUGCAGCGCCAGAAACGUAUUUUCCCCAAACAGAAAGGAAAGGAGUUUCUCCGAGCUUCUCAGAUGAACAUAAAUAUUGCUACCUGGGGUCGUCUAAUGAUGAGCAUCCUCCCUCCAUGUAGUUCCAUGAGCACGCUAAGCCCCCCAUUUCAUACUCCCAUUCAUACAGACUUUACCUCUCCAGCACGGCUGCAAACUCAAACUGAUUCAAUGUCCAUGUUGGGCAGUGACUAUCCAGUGGUUAAACUGACAUUUGGCGAGGAACCUCCCCCUAAGCCUCCACGUCUUUUUUUGACAGCAGAUUCCAAAGAGGUUGCUCCAUCUCCUGCAGAGUCUCCGUGUCUGAAGAGGCUACAUGUGGAAGAGAGGACUCGCAGCUCUGCUGUAACAGAAACACCAGACUGGGCUUCUCAGAGGAAGAGGGCUGUUCAGCUUCAGGAUUUUCAUUGCAUCGCCGUGCUGGGACGAGGGCACUUUGGGAAGGUGCUGCUAGGUCAAUACAAGGCAACAGGGAAGUUGUAUGCUAUCAAAGCCCUAAAGAAACAAGACAUCAUUAGCCGAGAUGAGAUUGAUAGCUUGAACUGUGAGAAGCGAAUCUUUGAAGUGAUCAACUCCUUCAGCCACCCAUUCCUGGUGAACAUGUUUGCAUGUUUCCAGACGCCAGAUCAUGCAUGUUUUGUGAUGGAAUACACCCCUGGUGGUGAUCUCAUGAUGCGCAUUCACUCUGAUGUCUUUCCAGAACAUGUGACGCAGUUUUACACAGCCUGCGUAGUGCUUGGACUCCAGUUCUUACAUGAGAAGAAAAUUAUUUACAGGGACCUGAAGUUAGAUAACUUGCUCUUAGAUGCUGAGGGGUUUGUGAAGAUUGCAGAUUUUGGGCUGUGUAAGGAAGGGAUGGGUUUUGGGGACCGCACUAACACUUUUUGUGGCACCCCUGAAUUUCUGGCUCCAGAAGUCCUGACAGACACCUCAUACACGCGAGUAGUGGACUGGUGGGGGCUUGGUGUGCUCAUUUUCGAGAUGCUUGUCGGUGAGUCUCCCUUCCCCGGAGAUAAUGAAGAGGAGGUCUUUGACAGCAUUGUCAAUGAAGAGGUCCGCUAUCCACGAUUCCUUUCUUCUGAGGCACUUCCCAUGCUCCGCAAGCUUCUCCAGAAAUGUCCAGAACGUCGCCUUGGGGCAGGAGAGAGAGACGCAGAGGAGAUUAAAACCCAGCCCUUUUUCAAAGAGAUUGACUGGGAUGCCUUGUUUGCCAGAGCACUGAAGCCCCCUUUUGUGCCUUUGUUAAGAGCUCCCACUGACAUUAGCAACUUUGAUGAAGAGUUUACCUCCCAGAAGCCAAUCCUGACUCCUCCAGAUGAGCUCCUUGUCCUGACCCCUGAGGAACAGGCUGCCUUUAAGGACUUUGACUUUGUCUCCAGACACCUUCUUGAAGUCUGAUUGCUGUGGUGUAAGGAGCCCAUGCAGACCACUACUACCCUGAGAAAUCCUAGAGAGGAACUUGCCACUGACUAUUGGAAGGUCAAAUUAAUAACAGGCAAAGAUUAUUCAUAGGUCUGGUAGUAUUAAGGAUUGUAGAAAGCAGACUGUUCUGCAAGCUGGUUGCUCUACUGCAUUGUUCAGUGUAUGCACAUGCUAGUAGGGAGAGUACUGGAUGUGACCUUUAAGAAGGUUCAUGCUUGCUGGCUGUACUCUGAUGCCACCAUUGGAUAGUUGUGGGCACUCACAAUUUAAACUGGAUUUCAUUUAACAAUGUAUCUAAAUGAAAUAGAGCCUUCCCAAACAAACUCUACCUCUGCAGCAAGGCCUUGCAAACUGCCUAGCAUUCUCAGCACUGGAUCAUCAGUGGCAGAAGAACUGGCACUUUCCACCUAUUUUCUAAGAUAAGAAAUGUGGCACUAUUUCUCCUUUGCAAAGGAUUUGGGCCCAGUUGUGUUCAUAGUUAGGGGUGGGGUGUAGUUUAAUAAAACCAGAAUGAUGAAGGUUGAGUUUGGAAACUGCCCAGAUGUUACAAGCUGAGAUCUGAGCCUUGCUUUGUAGAAGAAAUGAGAUUUCUACUCUCCUGCUAAAUCUUAAUUCCUGUCUUUAAUAAGAACUGAUUUAAAACCCUACAAACUUUGCACAUACUGUUUAUUGUAAAUAAGAGACUCUCCCUUCUGAUUAAACUUUGCCUUUCAUCUCCCUGGCUUGUUAGAAUAUAUCAGGAGCUGGGAGAACACAGAUCUUCCGCUUAACAGAAAGUUCUUUAGCUCUGUAAAUGUAAUGUUAAUACUAUUUCCCUUUCCUCCUUCCUUUCAUAAGAGUCUCUUGUCACUCCAACUGCUUGGAUCUGUCCCCUCUGUAUGUGUUAUCUUUAUUGGGGCUAGGUAUGUCACUUUAAUGAGUGCACUGAGGCUAUUUCUCCAGUUUUUUUUACUUUACUAUGUAUAUAUACUGUAUUUUUCUCAGAUAAUAUAAAAUAUUGUGGAUGUUUAUAUUGGAAAAAUCAAUAAAUAUUGUGAAACAACUUGGGCUAGAAAACAGCCUAAAUAUAAAAUAAUUUCUAUCAAGACCAACUUCAUUUGGUGCUCAAAAUGCAGAAGUGUGAGUAUGUUCUUGUAGUAGCAGUGCUGUAAUUAGCACUUAUUACUCUUUAAACAUUACAUUCUGACUGUGAAACUGUUUUGCAGAGUGCUGUUGCCUCUUCCUGACUAGGAAGUCAAAAA